AUGGUAGACGAGAAGAAGCUCACAAAGAAGCAGCUAAAAGCCCAGCAAUUCCGUAAAACCAAGGAAGAGCGGGAAGAUGACAAGAUCGUCAAGAGAAAACUAGAAGAGUCCGAAGAAGCGAAGCCGGCAGAGGACGAGGCCCCUCGCAAGAAGCGCAAGACUCGCAGAGGCAAGGGAGGAAAGGGCAAGAAGGGCAACCGGUUUAUAGUCUUCGUUGGAAAUCUACCGAAGGAUACCUCCAAGACCGAACUACAGGCGCAUUUCAAGUCCAGCUCGCCCGACGAGAUCCGCAUGCGGCCGGACAAGAACAUUGCGUUCCUAGAGUUCGACGCGGACAAGGAUCAGAAGAACAUCCAGUCCAGGAUGGACGUGGCCCUGCUGCAGCACAAGACCGAGAUGAAGGGCCGCAGGAUCAACGUGGAGCUGACCGUUGGUGGCGGAGGCAAUAGUCAGGCACGCCUGGAGAAGCUGAAAAACAAGAACCUAAAGCUGGACGAUGAGCGUAAGGAAAGAACCACCAAGAUGAUCCAGGACAGCAAGAACAAGACCGCCAAGAGCGCCAGUGCCGGCACCGCGAACGUGGAGGCAUCCGGCGGCAUCCACCCAGACCGCCUGAAGCUGAUCAAGUGA